AUGGACGCCUACAGAUUCCGUGUUCCUAAGCCAAACUACCUCCCUCAUAAACUGGACAUCGACCCUGAUCACGACAUAGUUCAGGAAUACGUCCAACCUCUUGGCUUAGCUGGUGAAGCGGAAAAUGCAAAAUACUAUCAACAGUGCAAACGCAUGGCCGAAGAAUCGGGCAUCACGCGCCCCAAAGGCCACAAUGUCUCCUUUCACUGCAACCCGGAUAUGGAGCAGCACCACUUUGGCAUGACGCAUCCGAUGAAGCCCUGGCGUCUGACACUCUCCAAGAGCCUCAUCUACUCAUACGGCAUGUCCUUUGCAAUGGACAACUUUGUAACCCGGGCUGCUACAUAUGAAGAGCUGGCUUCAUUCCACUCUACCGACUAUCUCGAUUUUCUGGGCACCGUCCUCCCCGAGCCGGUUCCACGGGAUCUUGAGAGCCAGAAUCCAGAUCUGAAGUUUAACCUGGGCGGUUCAGACUGUCCAUUAUUUGACGGCCUCUAUGACUACUGCUCCAUGUCUGCCGGGAGCGCGCUUGAUGCUGCCAGGAAAAUUUGCUCCAAGCAGUCCGACAUUGCUAUUGCGUGGGGAGGUGGCCUACACCACGCGAAGAAGGCCGAGGCCUCUGGAUUUUGCUACAUUAAUGAUAUUGUCAUUGCUAUUCUGGAGUUGCUACGGUUCUAUCCACGCGUUUUAUACAUUGAUAUUGACGUGCAUCACGGCGAUGGCGUCGAAGAGGCGUUCUUCUCAACAGACAGAGUCAUGACUUGCUCAUUCCAUAAAUACGAUCCCAACAACUUCUUUCCUGGCACUGGUGCAUUAGAUGAUAAUGGCCCUAAGAGCGAGCAUAAUCCCGGAGCACACCACGCCGUCAAUGUUCCGCUCAACGAUGGUAUUACGGACGAACAAUACGAUAUGCUAUUCAACAACAUCAUCGGCAGGAUAGUUGAGAAAUUUCGCCCAGGUGCCAUCGCCCUUCAGUGUGGUGCUGACUCCCUAGCAGGAGAUCGUCUGGGUCGGUUCAAUCUGCAAGUGCAGGGGCAUGGAGCGUGUGUUGCGUUUUGCAAGAGGAUGAACAUCCCCAUGAUUCUCUUUGGUGGAGGCGGCUACACUCCACGGAAUGUAGCCCGGGCGUGGACAUACGAGACCAGCAUAGCCAUCGACUGUCAAGACAAAAUCAACCCUAUCUUGCCAGAGCAUACUCCAUGGAGAGAACAGUUUCGCCAAGAUACCCUCUUCCCCACGCUGGAACAAAUCUUGGGCGAGCCGCGACAGAAUCGCAAUCCCCAGAAGCGUUUACAGGAUAUCGUUCAGCAUGUUACAGAGCAGUUACGCUUCGUACAAGGAGCGCCAAGCGUUCAGAUGCAGGUCAUCCCUCCCGAUUUAGGCGGCUUCAGAGACGACGUGGAGGCCAGAUUGAAAGAGGAACAGGACGAGAGGAACGAUCGGCUACGAAAGGAAAGGGAGUCUGGAGCGGGAACCGCCAUGGAAUUCUAAUUUAUCAACGACUCAUUAUAUCUUCACCCCAAAACCAACUGCUGCGUGAGCAGACUUUUUAUAAUUGGAAACAAUAAAAAGCAACAUUAAAUGAGAUCCAAGUACUGUGCACCGCCAAAGAAGGCGUAUGUCUAUAUACCACACGCGGCAUCUGGCGGGCAUGCAGCCAGGGACAGCAGAAGAGAGGCGCAAGUGCACUAGUGGAAGGCCGAAUGAUGCUUUCAAUGGCCCUCCUGGUAUCGCGAGUUCGUCCCCCUUCCAUCUAUACAGACUUCGAACCAAGUUGGUCGUCGCACGACAAAAACGGCCCAGAUUACCUCCCACCACGUGCUCCGCACAAGUAAUAUGCACACGAAUAUCUAAUUAUAAGUACUGGAGAAUAUUUCAACAAGAUUCAUCCCGGAGCCGUCGUCUUAAAAGUAUCGAACGAUAGCGUUACCGCCCUUGGGCAUCGAGGUC